GAUGCACCAUGGCAGCCGCCAACUUUGUGCAGGAGAUGCGCUCCAUGGGCGAGAAGCUGCUGCUCAAGCUGCAGAAGCUGCCCCAGGCCGAGCCUGUGGAGAUUGCGGCCUUCUCGGUCAUCCUCCUUUUCACAGCCACCGUGCUGGUGCUGCUGCUGAUCGCCUGCUGCUGCUGCUGCAGGGACUGCUGCUGCCCUGAGCGCAGAGGCAGGAAGGUCCAAGUGCGGCCCAUGAGCCCAUCGUGAGGGACAGAGACGAGGAGAAGCUGGAGAGGAAGCUGCCGAGCCAUGAUCCCACGUGCCAGCCUGGCCCCAGCCCUGGCCCUGCCCGGGAACCCGACACCUGCAGCCUUAUCAAGGAAACAAGGGCUGGUACGGCCACCAAACUCUCACCUGCCAGUGAAUACUGGUGCCAAGGAGGAGUCACCUGUUUAAAACCUGAGGAAACAAAAACUGGGGAUUCUUUCCCAACUUGCACUUUCUAACAAAACACAGAAGUGGGGGCCCCAUACCUGGAAGGAGAACAGCCUGCAGCGGUGGGGAGCCAGCCCAGAGGAGCAGGCCAAUCAGAGGGGCUCUGUGCAACAGCUGCUGGACCCCAAGCUUCCCACCGGAGGGGAGCACGUCAGUAUUCUAUUCCGGUAUUUGCCCGUUUCUAUCUCAGUAAAAGCUUUCUGGUUGUGUUUCUGCGGCGCCAGA